AUGCGUGCCUCAUUCCUCCUCCCCGCAGCCCUUUACGCCCUGGCAGCCCAUGCCGACGACAAAACUACUACAGUUGGCGUCUUCGGCCCCAACUGGUCCGUUACCGUGUGGGGGUAUGGCGGCCGGGCCAGCACCGGCGCCAGCGUCGCAGGAAUCAACGCCGCCGCAACAACCUACAACGUGGGCUGUCUAAAAGACGCCCCCAAGACAGAUUGCAACAUCAAGAACUCCUGGACGAUCAUCCAGGGCCCAGAGACAGUCAGCGCGACAGCUGUGUACACCGCCUCGACAUCAAACAAGGAGACGAGCUAUGAUAUCACCGUCACGGAGUCAUACGAGUGCAAGAUUCGGUCCCGCACCGAGUCCGCCAGCUGCACGAUGAGCAUUGGGAUGUCUGGGUCUGUGGAUGGUGCUACGAUCGCGUCGUCGACGUCGAGUAGCGCGACGUAUUCGCCGGCGACGAGCAGGUACGCUGAGUUGGUUGUUACGGCCGGUGUGGACAAGUUUACUGCGCCUGAGGCGACCAAGACGCCUGGUGCUGCUGCUGCUGGGCCUGCCGGGGCGUUGAUUACGGCUGCGCCUGUUGUCGCAGCUGCUGUUGCUGCUUUGCUUUGA